AUGGGCGUUUAUGGUACUCUGGCCUUUCGUAACAUGAGACGUCUUCAUACACGCGUUCGACCGAUGGGUAACUCGAAUAACGAAUAUCCCGCCGUCGGAAGAAUUCAUCGUGCAGAUCGACACUUGCUUAUUAUGACAGUUAGUGAAGCCGUUGUCUGUAUAGUAUCAACAUCUAUUUAUCCAAUCGUCUAUAUGGAGACUGCAGUGACCGGAUUUAUUGGUAUUAACAAGAGUCCUGAACGAAUUCAAAUUGAAAGCUUUAUGAUAAAUUUCGGAUCAUUUCUCCUUUACUUCAAUAAUGCCGCUCCUUUUUACACA